UAGGAGAUAAAGUUGCCGUGCAGUAAACGUGCACAGGGACGAGGAGGGAGGACCCGGCCGAAGCGACAUGUUUGGCAUGCUCAAGAACUCGCUCUUCGGAAACACCGAGGAGACGGAAUAUAAAUUGCUCAGCAGCGAGACGCAGGAUGGAGUUAGCUUUGAGGUGCGGCGGUACGACGGGGCCAAAUACGCUGUCGCCUCGUCUGAGGGGCGGUCCUUUGACCAAGUGACGGGGGAGCUGGUGAGGAAGCUGCUCAUGUACAUCGGUGGGAGCAACGAUCAAGGUGUGGGCAUGGGUACAGCAGCACCCAUCAUCGUCACAGUGUACCCGCGGAACGACGGUGUUCUGUCUCGCCGCUUGGUGGUCGCCAUCCGCAUCCCCUCCAGCUACCAGCUGAGCCCCCCGACUCCCACCGACAGUGCCAUCGGGAUCGAGGAGCGGCCCGGCAUGACUGUCUACACCCUGCAGUUUGGAGGCUUCGCGGGGGAGAGUGAGUACCGCGCAGAGGCCUUGCGUUUGACCCGCACGCUGGGUGAGACGGCCCCCUUCCAGCGCAAGCAGUACUUCUGCUGCAGCUACGACCCGCCGCUCAAGCCUUACGGACGCCGCAACGAGGUGUGGUUUCUGCAGGAGGAGCCGUAGGAGCCAGUUCGUCAGAGCUCAUGCUGAAUCCUUCAUUCAACCUUCAUUUAGCCCUUCGCUUAGGACAAGUGCUCGAUUGAUUGGUAAGAGCAAUAUGGUGACAUGAUAGACCUUUGAACCCAAAAUGGACAGACAUUACCCAUGUUGCCUUUACCCAUCAGAUCUUCGGGCUUGUCACGCGUGCAGUAGCUACACUGAUGUUAGGCGUUGGAGCAAUGGGGCGAUUUAUAAUUCACCAUCAAUGCAUCAUUAUCGCGUUUUCUUUAUUUUUUUGUUUCUGAUUUAAACUCAAGCCUGUGUAGCUCAGAAACAAGGCGUAAUAAGAGAGAUUGAAGGCUUCUUAAGAAGUGACGGUAUUUAUUGGAGCUCCAUGUUGUACGUUUCCAUCUGAACGAGUUGCAACCCUGCUGACAGCCGAGGGAAACUAGAUCUCAAGGAAACUACCCUUUAGAUAACAGGUGUCAAACAGAAAGUUAUCCAAGUAACUCAGUGAAUACUCUAAUGUAGUCUGUAUUCGAAUAUAACUUGAUUGACGGUUGCAUUCCUUUUAGAAGUAAAUGUUUGUCCUAAAGGUUUGAUAAAGACCCUGUAGAGCUCCCUAAAGAACACACAGUAGGGUUGUGUACAUCUUAAUCUAGUUUACUAUUUAGUGACGGCUACAGAGAAAUGUAUAUAAUUGAGAUUAGAUACAUGGUAGUAAAAAGCACACUUCCUGUUCCCCCGAGUAAGGAACUGGAAAGAAACAGGAGUCGAGCCAUAAAGUAGAACUAGUCUUUAUGAAUUAGUGAGGACAGAUGUGUGGAAGCUAGCUAGCUGUGUGUGUCGUUUAUGUGUUGAUACAUGCAGCAUGUGUAAAGUGAAUAUUUUGUGUUUUAGUGCAUGAUGACAAGGCCAUCUUUAUUUAUUCUGACUCUUGAAACAAUGUUAUUUGAUACUGUACUGUGGGAUUUUCUGUAAUGAUUGAAUAUAAUGUUGAGGUUUAUUAGUGCUUCAACAUAAUAAAUAUAUUAUUCAGUGA